AUGACUGAGAGUAUGGCCGAUAUCCACGAGCUGGAUAAAUUAAGUCCAGCAGAAACUGGUGGCAGCGAUCGUUGCUGUCACGAAAGAACUCCGCACAAAUGGCGUCUACUAUUAGAGCCCGCCCUGGUUGGGUCUAUGAUGGCAAUAAAUCUUGGACAGACUUCACUUCAGAACUUUUACCUUCGAACAGCUUGCACCGUCGAUUUGAAUUAUACAGCAGACAUCUGCGAUCGCGGCGUAGGUGAAGAAUUCAGAAAAGCUGAGGCCGCAAGCCAAAUCGUAGUUUCAAGCGUCAACAUCAGUCGGAGUUUUAUAGGAUGUUUACUUUCAACUAUAAUCCUUCUCUUCGUGGGUCCAUGGAGUGACUGUAGUGGGAGACGGAAGCCUCUGCUCAUCAUGCCUUUGAUUGGAAUGUGUGUAACGACAUCAGCUGUGAUAGUGAUGUUGAUAUUCCCUGGUGCUUCAACUGUUCUAGUUUUGUACGCAGUACAAAUACCAAUUGCAUUAGGUGGUAAUUUUGGACUACUAUUGGCCGCCGCUUUUAGUUAUCUAGGAGAUGUGUGUCAUGCAACAGGUCGAGAUGUGACUCGUACAAUGGGGACACAUCGCGCUGCUAUUCAAAUAGCACAGGUGGCGGGAGCUGUCAGUGGUCCUCUUCUAUACACGCACCUCGGAUUCUACGGUGUGUUUCCUCUUGUUUUAUUAUUGCAGAUUUCAUCUCUUCUAUACGUGCAAUUCGUAAUGCAAGAUGUGAAUGUUAACACCGAAAACCGAGUGUCGGUGUUUAAUUGGAAGCUACCAUUGAAGGCGUUCAAAAGCCUAAUAAAGAGCCGGGAAGGACACAAAAGGAAAAUAAUAUUACUCAUGCUGCUUGUGUCUCUCGGAGAUAGAGUUCUACUAUCAGCUGAGGUGCUAAUCGCCUACAUGUACUAUAGGUACAAAUUUCAUUGGGACGACAUAAUGUUUGGCUCGUUUUUGGCAUAUAAGAACAUCAUCAGUUUCUUUGGUACAUUAUUAAUAUUGAGUCUGCUGAAGCGACGCUUGAAACUGUCGGACGAGAUGGUAGGAGUCUUCAGCUGCCUGUCAAACAUAUUAUCUACAUCUGGUCUCAUUGCCACCACUUACACUUACUGCGUAUUUAUGCUUCCUUUGCUCGGAAUAAUAUCUCAAGGAUCUCAGGUCGUCCAGAGGCCGCUACUGAAUAAGCAAAUUUUACCAACUGAACAAGGUAAAAUAUACAGCGUUAUGGGAGCCCUCCAGUCUGCAAUACAGACAUUGUCGUCGCCGCUCUACUCCCUGCUAUACAGCAGAACUGUCUCAACGUUUCCAGAUGCUUGGCUUCUGCCUGGAUUGGGACUCGCGUUAAUACAAUUAACAGCAUACCUAAUAGCAAGGAGGUUACGUCUGAAAUCAAAUGUCGCAGACAAUGAUCACAUGAAAGUUAAUACUGAAGAUUGUUGUUUAGAUAUAGAAGACAAAGUGAUUAAAAAUGAUCUCAACUCUGUCGAAUUAGCGUCUGAAAAGUGUGCCGAAAAGUAACUAGAACGAUAUUUGUAAUUUGUUUCAUUUUAUUAAAUAUCUCAAAUUCAGAUCGAUUUUCAUUUAUAUUUUGAGUUCGUUGCAUUGGACUGAUGGUUGUCAGUUUGUCUGCAAUAUGACAUGAACAGAAUGAUAAAGAUAUUUUUAAAUUAAAAUGCACUUUAUCAAGUAAUUAAUUUUCGUUUAGAAUCUAUAUUUAAUUGUAAUGUAAUUGAUUUUGACAUUUACAAGUUUUCCACUUAAUUACAAUAAAGGAUUGGUAAAUUUUACGAUUAUU